ACUAUAUCCGGAAGUGUCCUGCAGCGCCUCUAAUGGCUGGAGUGUGACAUCACACGUGCAGACCAAGGGGCGCAAAAACUGCAGCAUGGAGGGUCGUGACAGUAAGGAGCCGGAGCAGCUCAGGAAGCUGUUUAUUGGUGGACUCAGCUUUGAGACCACAGAGGACAGUUUGCGAGCUCACUUUGAGCAAUGGGGCAAACUCACUGACUGUGUGGUAAUGAGAGAUCCAGCUAACAAGCGCUCACGAGGUUUCGGCUUUGUGACAUAUUCCUGUGUAGCAGAGGUUGAUGCUGCUAUGGCAGCGCGGCCACACAAAGUGGACGGUCGAGUCGUUGAGCCCAAACGGGCCGUUUCCCGAGAGGACUCUAAUAAACCUGGAGCCCAUCUGACAGUGAAAAAGAUCUUUGUGGGUGGAAUCAAGGAGGACACAGAGGAGUAUCAUAUCAGAGAGUACUUUGAGCGCUAUGGGAAGAUUGAGACUAUCGAUAUAAUGGAGGAGCGUUCAACUGGGAAAAAGAGAGGAUUCUGCUUCGUCACCUUUGAUGAUCAUGAUACUGUGGAUAAAAUUGUUGCACAAAAAUAUCACACAAUCAACUCACAUAACUGUGAAGUAAGAAAAGCACUACCAAAACAGGAGAUGCAAGCUGUUUCUAAUCAGAGAUACCGUGGUGGAGGUGGAGGUGGAGGCAAUUUCAUGGGCAGAGGAGGAGGAAACUUUGGAGGUGGCGACUUUGGCCGAGGAGGGCAUGGAGGAGGCCGGGGUGGCUAUGGGGGAGAUGGAUACAAUGGAUUUGGUGGUAACUAUGGUGGGGGUCCUGGCUUUGGAGGUGGUCGUGAAGGAUAUGGUGGAAGUCCUGGAUAUGGUAACCAAGGCGGAGGAGGCUUUGGAGGAUAUGACAACUACAAUGAUGGAGGAAAUUUUGGAGGUAACUUUGGCGGUGGUGGUGGUGGAUGCGGCAGCGGAGGUGGAAAUUACAACAAUUUUGGGAAUUAUGCAGGACAACAGUCCAACUACGGCCCCAUGAAGGGAAACAACUUUGGAGGAAGAAACUCAGGACCUUACGGAGGUGGAUAUGGCUCUGGCGGCGGUGGCGGUGGCUAUGGGUCCAGAAGAUAUUAACAGAUCUGUUUGUCUGUGGCCUCAGAUCCAGAGUUAGAUGAGAGGAGUGGGAAGGAAAGGAAAGAUUACUGAGAAAGUGUGCGAGGGGCCAAGAUCUGCCAGUUAUAGGUCUUGCUAACGUUAGUGUAGUCAGACGCUCCACAACUUGUGUGUGCUAGUGGAUGUACAUUCCUUCACCUGCUUGACUUUUCUGUGCUUUUCACCUAUCCUCAACCCCUUGUGAGCAUUUUUGAGAGUGCCACCAAACACUGUAGUCAGAACAGUCCUAAAUAUUAUUUGGUGUGAGUAAACAAUAUGUUGUGGCCUUAAGUAUAUUAUUUGGAGAAAACAGGACUUGUGUUUAUUUCUUUGAUUUGAAGACAGUGAUGUCACGUGUAUUUUUAUAUAUUGUGAGUAUGCAGUACAUGUGUUGUUCAUGAAGCUCUGAAUGGUAAACAGAGUAGAUUUUGUCAGAUCUGAGGGCAUGUAACAUGUUAAACCUGUAAAGAGAGAAGUCUAGAUUGUUGAACUAUUUUUGACAAAUGAAAAAAGAAACCAGCUGAAAUAAAGUUGUGUAGUAACUUGCCUAAUGAAGUUUAGUGCGUCAUUGAGUCUGAAGUGGCAAGUGCCGCUGUCCUGAGCGCGUGUUGUUGUGAAUGAGAGUAGAAAGGCCUCCAAGCCCAGACAGAUGAACAGUUAUGGGCUCUCAGACUGGCAGGUCGAUCCCAGCCUCGACUGGACCAGGCAGCCAGUGUGUCUCCAGAAAGCUAGCAUCUGUUUCGGUGAGACUAGCUGUACCCGAAGGAAGGAAGGCUAGCGGAAAGCCCAUGAGUAUGAGGGUUUGAGACAGACAGAAGAAGAGGAAGAAAGAGUCAUAGGAGCAGGUAAGAGUAACUCUUCUGCUUAAUUUACAGAUGGGAAAAGCAGCGCCUGAUCUACAGUAAGUGGCUGAAAGUCUUUUAUGACACGUUUUCAGCGAUGGUUCUGGGUAAGAUUAAUGUGUGCAAAAUAUAUGUGGAUUUGUUAAAGAUAUCCUCCUGCAGAGAUUGAGAAACUGCAUUCAACUCAAUUAUUACACAUUGUGUGUGGCAUAAUCUCACUAAAACUGACAUUUCACCUUUCAAAAAAAUUGGAAAUGCUUAUAUUUAUAUAAAUUGUUUUACACAUAUUUGUAUAUAUUUAGUCAUUUUUAUUUAUAUAAUUAUUUAUUUAUUUGUGGUGCAACAGAAUUAUGAUGAUAAUUAGGCACAAUUCCCCCAAUUCUCAUUACCAUAAUUAAAAAGUCUAAUUCUCAUUACUGUGAUGUGGGUAAAGAAUUAUAUUUGAAAUUAGUAAAUUGUUUAGGCAUCAUAUUGUUCUGCUUUUAUGCUGAUUGUAAUUGCAUUACGAUUUUAAAAAUAUUUUGAAUUGAAAUUGUACGUAACACGGUUUUGAGGCAUGGUCACAUUAGCGAAACUUAAAUUAUGGUCACAAUUUCCUUUUUUGGGGGGCAAAUUUUACCUGGCAAAAUCCAGUAAUUUUAAUAGAAAUUCACUCGAUCUGGAAUUUGGCAUGAGGGCGAAAGAUUUUCCCACACAGAUUUCGCAAAGGGUUCAGGUUGGUCAAGUGGAUUUGGUGCUGUGCCCAAACGGAAAUCUGCUUGGUUUGAAUGUGACUAAUGUGUGAGCUGUGCUUCAUACAUCUCUAGACUAAUGACAAUAGACAAAAGACCUUUUUUCCUGCGAAAUUUUGCUACUAUGAACACACCUCUAGGUGAAAUUCCACAAGCAAAGAAAGUUCAUUGUCAAUAGUGUAGCGGUGAAUGAGACAGCACUUUCCAAUCCAAGCAGCCUUAUAUUGGUCCACGCAGAGAAUUUGCGUGUCAAAAGUAUAACAAAAUCAAAUCCACUUGGGGAACACGUGAAAUUUCCAAUCAGGCAGAUUCCUGUUGAGAUGACUGAAUUUUGUUGUACAAAUGUAAAUGUGUCAGAAGUAGGCUACUGAUAAUUUAAUGAAUCAUUAUUGAGAAUAUUGUGAAUUACAAAACUAAGUGAAAAGUCUGGGCAUAUUAUGGUAAUACGAAUUUAGAUUUAAGAACUCAUUUAAAGAAUUUAGUGCCAGAUUAGUGCAAACCGUCAUUUGGCAUUGAAAUAGAGUCUGAAAUUUUCACGUAUUCCUCAUCCUUUCCUAUCAAAAUGCAUUCUACGAAUACGAAAACGCAGAAAAUCGAACCUGAUCCGAAUUUUUUUUAUGACGGACGAAACGAAAGUUUCGGAGGCAGUGUGUAAACGUGAUUGACACGAUGUGAGGUCGUAUUUAUUUUUUAACGCGCAAAAAUUUCAGACUCGGUGUGCAAUGGCCUGUAGGCCUACUAAAUUUGCCUAUUUUUUUUUUUUUGUCAUUAAAAGCAUUGAUUCUGGAUGUUCAUAACAUGACAGGUUCUGACUAGGUAUACUCUUUAGUAUACAUUUUUUGUGGGAGGAUGUUCAUUCAGGGUAAAUCCAUGUAUAUUUACACAUAUUGUAUAGUCAUAAAGCAUCACUCAUAAUGUCAGAAUGAAUAAGUGUGAUAGCAUUGCCAAAUGUUGAUUUUGUUUAAUAAAAACAUUUGAAACCCCCAAGAAUGUUUAAUUUACUGUGUUUGAGUUGUUUCUGUGUGAGUGCAGGGCCUUUUCUUCUCACGCAAUGCUUAUCUUACUCCAAAACCUGUCAUGGGGACUUUGUUCCCUUGACACUGAAUCAAGGUCACGAGCAUUGGUAAAUGUUUAAGAUAAUGUUGUCCUAGAUAAGUCACAUGCUUUCACUCUGACGACCGACUUAAAACUGAAGAAAUUAAACAUUUAGUCUACAACCCUAACAUUUACUGUAACAUUGCUCAUUUAUAUAACUGGGCUCUAGGUUGAGUCUGUCGACAGAAGAGAAUGCAUGGCAGUUUAAUGCUGAUAUAAGACUGAACAAACGAAGCUUUCAUUGAGCCACUUUCACCUGAUUUUUAUCAUACAUUAAGCUUCAUAUAGUGAAAAGAUCCUACAUUGUGACGUGUAAGUGCAGGUCUGUCAACAGGUUGGCCCUGUUGGUGUAGCGUAACUUGCUGACAACGGAGAGCUACUGUAGUGUGCAAAGGAGAAGGUUUGGUGUGUUCAAAGGUGGUGUGUGUGGGUGAAAGUGGCUGGCAGUGCAAACAACUCUCUUUACUGGUGUACUUUGUCCAGCGGGGCUUUAAUGAAGGCAUGUCUAACAUUGGCCCGCAGCCAAACAAUUCAGCUCCGUUGCAUAACACCGGGAGACGGGCUGGUCGCUUGAAGAAGAUUCAGUUGAAACCUGUUUAGAAAAGGCCUUUCACCCUCAAAGGCUUAUGAUUUGGUAAAUCUCAUGAAUUGGGGUAGGUUUUGUGAGUAUGUAAUGAUGGUGGAUAGCCAAAAUAGAAAAUCUGUUUCCAAGAAAACUAACAAUUUGAGCCCAAAACCUCAAAUAACGAACAACUUUUUCCCAAUGAUUAUGAUGUCAUGGCAUAUAAUAUACAGUGGCCUCAAUAAGAUUUUGGACUCUUAAGCUACACUUUAACUAGAUUAGUCACUGCAUUAGAAAAAAAUAGACCAAGUGGUAUCUGCAAAUAAAUACUGCUUUUUUCACUUUUUGGCCUCACAUUUCUUCAUUAUUUUUGCUCAGUGUCUUCAUUUUGAGCAGUAUAAUUACUGUUGUAAAAUAUAGGCCACUUCUUUUUAU